GGUUCGUGCCCGCCCCCCUCUAAUGAUUUUCACAAUGACGCGGGCAUCACUUUAGGACGUUAACCGGACGGCGCGGCGACGAAUACCAUUUGCGUUUGGAUUGAACGGCCGCUAUUGUGUGUGAGACCUGCCACUGACGCUCCGUGGCAGUGUCGGGAUGAUCGGUUGAUAGACGCUCCUUGGCAGUGUCGGGAUGAUCGCUGGCGAGCCCGGAGAGGAGCAACAACGAGAGAGUAGUCAAUCAUUAGCGGGAGAUGAAAAGUGCCAUGGCUUUGAUGAAAACAGCUGUACUUGUCUGUCUGCAAUAUGUGCUUCAGCACGCCGCCUGCCGCGAAGUAACCCUCCCCAAGGGACCCCUGUACCGCGUGGCCGGCUUCUCCCUCUCCCUGCCCUGCAACGUCUCCGGCUACGAAGGCCCACGCACGCAAAACUUUGAGUGGUAUUUGACCAGGGACGACUCCGGCGACAGGCAGAUUGGAGUGGUGUCCACCGCAGACGAAAGCUUUCCCUACAAGCCCUUUCAAUCCCGGGUGGCAAAUGGAGAGGUGAGGGUGGACCGUGACUCGGGGGACAAGGUACGACUGGUGGUCCAGAAGCUCCGCACAGACGACCAGGGGGCGUAUGAGUGCACGACGCCCAACACCGACAGUAAAUACUUUGGUACCUACGGUGCAUCUGUCGUUGUUAAAGUAAUCCCUGACACGCUCCAGAUCAGCUAUUCCCGUUCUCUCAGUGGCCAGCCCAUACCGGAGGGUGCAGAAGUAACUCUGACCUGCUCGGCCAGCAUCCGCUCCGAGCAGCUCACCCACCUGUCUGUCACCUUUGGGAAGCGAGGUGGCCAAGUGGGCUCAGAUGGCGGUGGCGCAGAGGCAAGCACUGCGCAGGAAAUCAUCUCCAUCGACAAGCUUCUGGGCGUGGUGUCGGGAAGAGCCUAUAGGAAGCGCUACGACGACGGUGAGCUCACACUGGAAAAGCGCAACGGGGAGGGCGGCCAGGGCGUGUACGUGAUGAAGAUGAGAGCGCUGCAGCCAGACGACAGCGGUUCUUAUUACUGUGAGGCCGCACAGUGGAUCCUGGACCUGGACCGCACCUGGCAGAAGAUUGCACACAGGACGCUGGACAUUGGCAACCUGACUGUUCAACCACUCUCUCAGUCUAUGAGUGUGAAGUCAUCCCCCAGCGGCCAGGUGACCCUGCAAGUUGGCUCACCUGUGCUGCUCAGCUGCCAGAUCAACGGGCUGCCUUCUGACGGCAACUCUGGUAUGCUGGUUCAGUGGAUGAAGACCAGCUCUGCGGGUGUGGAGGUGGAAGUGUGCCGUAUGAGCCCAGAGGGUGUGGUCAGUUGGGGCGACGACCUGAGCCGAUCCAGCGGAGGCUCGCUGGAGAAAGUGUCGAAAGGGAAAUAUUCCCUCAAGUUGUUCUCCGCCCGUCCCUCCGAUUCGGGAGAGUACACGUGCGUGGUGAGUGUGUACGCAGGAAGAAGGAUUCCCACUGAGUCUUCCGCCGCCACCAUCAGUCAGCGGUCAGAGGGCGUCACCAUCAAUCUGAAGAGCAAAGAUGUUGUGGUUGCCGCCGUGGCUCAGUUGCCCCGAGGUCCGCUGCUCAAACGAGGCAGCACCGCCACCCUCAUCUGCAACGUCACCGUGACGACCACAGGCCCCGCCCAGGCUCAGGUGCGGUGGCUGCGACGGCCCGUCCCAGAGAUUAAGACGGGUGACGCCGGCCCGACGGAAGCUGCCGCCGAGGUGAUCCCUGAAAUAGUGGCCACCCUCAUGUAUGACGGCGUGGUCAGCAUGUACAAUGGCAGCAGCAGCGAGGUCAGCGUGGACCGCUUGUCUGCUGACCAAUACCGUCUGAGGAUCCACGCCGCCUGCGAUCAAGACCAGGGUUUGUACGCCUGCCACGCCGAGGCCUGGAGCCAAGACCCCCAUGGAGGAUGGUACAACACCGGCGCGAAAGCGGAGUCCAACACCGUCACCGUCUACUUGUAUUCUCGAGCUGCUGACCUGCUCUUCAUACCUCUGGUGGCGGGCGCGGCCGCUGCCUUGUUAGUGGGCGUGGUCAUCAUCGCCACAGUAACAUGCUGCUUCAUGUCCCGCCUGGCCAAGCAGCGCGCUCACAAGUAGUUUGUUCGCCAAGACACUCAAAUGUCAAAACCUGUUUCUUUUUUUUCUAUGGGUUUUGUUUUUCUACAAAGAUGUAAAUGUUGUCUCCACUUAAUGAACCACUUUUGUGACACUGCCUGCAGCUUCUUGCCAUAUACUGAGUACUUCAAGUGACACUGCCUGCAGCUUUCUGCUAAAUACUGAGUACUGAGUACUUCAUGGCAAAGCUCUGAGCUCAAGAUGUCAACAUCAACGUCUUCCAUCUUCUUCCUGCAUACACUUACAUUGUGACAGCCUAGUUACUCGUACAUGGUGACAGCCUAGAUACUCAACUGCAGAGAGUAGCAGGCACGUCUUUGAAGCAAGCUGUGUGUUUGAAAAAGUUGUGUUUGAAAAAGUUGUCUGUUGGUUGGUUAGCAUUCUUACUCACGCUUUUACAUGUUACCAGUUUUUAUUUUCUUUCAUUCUUGCCUGUAAGGUUUGUACACCUGUGAAAAUUACAAAAAAAAAGUUAUCAUAUAUCACGUACCAAGUUAUAUGGCUCUUGACAUGCACGGCAGUAAAUUUGGCCAAAACAAUUUAGCAUUCUAAUGUUAGCAUGUGUCACGUACCAAGUUAUAUGACUCUUGACGUGCAAAGCGGUAAAAUUGGCCCUAAAAUUUAGCAUUCUAUUGUUAGCAUGGUUGCAUGCUAACAGUUAGCAUGUGUCACGUAACCAAGUUAUAUUAUAAAUAGUGUGAAAUGAGUUAGUUUUCUAAGAUUAGAAUGUGGGAUAUUCAGAAGUUUAUAUAUUACCUGUUUAUUUUCAGUGCGGAACCUUUUUUGGUAAUUUACGGAUGAUCUGGGAUUUUAAGGAACUGGGAAACAUUGUUUGAUAGCAUAAUGUAGCAUGCUAAUGUUAGCAUGUUUACGCAUUUUUUGGUAAUUUCCUGGUACGUAUUGUCUUAAAUCUCCAGGAUGAGUGGUUUGUUGGAACGGUUCACAUAAUCUCGCAUGUUAACGUUAGCAUUCUAACACUUUUUUUGGUAAUCUCCGGGAAUAUAACGAACUGGGAAAAAUAUUGUCUUAAAUGUCCAGGAUGAGUGGGAUGUUUGAACGGUUCGCAUAAUCUCUCAUGCUAAUGUGAGCAUACUAAUGCAUUUUUUGCUAAUUUCCGGGUAAUCCGGGUAUUUAAGGAACUGGGAAACAUAUUGGUUUAAAUGUCCAGGAUGAGUAGUAUGUUGAAACGGUUUGCUUAAUCUAUCAUGCUGAUGCAUUUUUUUGUAAUUUCCAAGUAAUCUGAGAAUUUAGGGGACUGGGAAGCAUAUUAUUUUAAAUGUCCAGGAUGAGUGGUAUGUUGGAGAGGUUUGCAUAAUCUAGCAUGCUAACUUUUGAGCUAAUGUCGCACCUUUUUAAUUAAUUUCGCAGCCGUAAAUUGUAGUCACAUAAUUUGAUACGUAACCCAUGCUAACAUGAGCAUGCUAACCAUCUAUAACUAAUGAGGCGGAUUAAAAUUGUUGCAUACACAAUAUUUAUUUAUUUCCCUGAAAGAUAAUAAAGCAAUCUGAUGUUAGCAUUGUGGCAAGAGUGUAAGACACAAACAUUGUUGCAUUUAAAGGGGAACAUUAUCACCAGACCUAUGUAAGCGUCAAUAUAUACCUUGAUGUUGCAGAAAAAAGACCAUAUUUUUUUUAACCGAUUUCCGAACUCUAAAUGGUUGAAUUUUGGCGAAUUAAACUUUCUAUUAUUUGCUCUCGAAGCAAUGACGUCACACAACGUGACGUCACCUAGGUAGUCAACCGCCAUUUUCUCAAACUCAUUAUAAAUAUCAAGUCAAAUCAGCUCUGUUAUUUUCCGUUUUUUCAACUGUUUUCCGAACCUUGGAGACAUCAUGCCUCGGCGGUGUGUUGUCGGAUGGUGUAACAACACGAUCAGGGACUGAUUCAAGUUGAUUUACGUAGAAUGUGCAUCGAUUAGCACGGCAUGCUAAUCGAUGCUAACAUGCUAUUUAGGCUAGCUGUUCGUACAUUUGUAGCUAUAUUUGCAUCCAGCCUUUCUCGCCAUCCACAUUUAAUGCCAAACAAACACUUACCAAUCGACGGAUUUAAGUUGCUCCAAUGUCACAAGAUGCGAAAGUCCCGAUUGUUUGGUCUGCACAUUUUACCGGCGAUGCUAAGGCAGACAUGGUACAGAGAUGUAUAAAUAUCCUGCAGAUGCAUUUCCAACGAUAAAGUCAACGAAAUCACAAAGGUGAGUUUUGUUGAUGUUAUUGAUUUAUGUGCUAAUCAAACAUAUUUGGUCGCGGCAUGACUGCCAGCUAAUCGAUGCUAACAUGCUAUUUAGGCUAGCUGUAUGUACAUUUGUAGCUAUAUUUGCAUUCAGCGUUUCCCUCCACCCACAUUUCAUGCCAAACAAACACUUACCAAUCGACAGAUUUAAGUUGCUCCAGUGUCACAAGAUGCGAAAGUCCCGAUCGUUUGAUCUGCACAUUUUACCGGUGAUUCUAAGGCAGACAUGGCCGAAUAGCGUCAAUAGCUAUUCGCUCAAUAGCUUCAGUUUCUUCUUAAAUUUCAUUUUCGCUAUCUGCCUCCAUACUCCAACCAUCCGUUUCAAUACAUGCGUAAUCUUUUGAAACGCUUAAACCGCUGAAAUCUGAGUCUGAAUCCAAGCUAAUGUCGCUAUAUCUUGCUGUGCUAUCCACCUGGAUAGCAUGUAUACCACUGGAUGACGUCACAGAAAAAUGGACGGUGGCUUCACAGAUAGCAAAAAUCAGGCACUUUAAAGCCUUUUCGGGAUAUUCCACAAUGGGUAAAAUUUUGAAAAAAACUUCAAAAAAUAAAAUAAGCCACUGGGAACUAAUUUUUAUUAAUUUAAACCCUUCUGAAAUUGUGAUAAUGUUCCCCUUUAAAGAAGUAUUUUGGGAGUAAACUGCAUGAUUUUCUUUGUUGGUGUUUUUAAUUUAUUGAUAUUUUGUAGCUGUGCUGCCAUCAAGUGACGGACAAACGAGUGAGUUUGUUGUGAAAUGUCACUUUUCUGUCCCUGCUCUCCUGUGCUAAAUCCUGAUUAUUCAUAUUGCUAAUGAACAUUGGGGACUAAAAUAAAAGACUACUGCUUUGCAUGGUGAGUCCACAUUGGCGUGAUGUACGUGCACGCCACAGCACAGCACAGCACAGCGCCGGCUGCUUUCCAUGCAAGUCACCGUUAAUCCCCGUCAUCACCCAACCCAGUUGUCUCUGCAGCAUCGUUGUCGCUUCCCAUCGUCCCUGAACGCAUCUUUAAAGACUCUAAUGGUGCCCUUGGCAAAUGUGUCGCUCCAUAACUGACUUUAAUAAAUUGUUGCAUUUUUGAUGUCA